UCUGUGAGAUGGGAGCGCGCACAGCGAGCUCAACCUGUUCUUUAAGGGAUGCGCCAGCCCUGGGCCCUUCCGGAGAGGGCCCCGCGGGGAGGGUCGGCACCCUGGACCGGGCUGGGCCAGAGCCCUGUGAUACUGUAUUCCCCGGAGGAGCCAGCUGUGCCCCCGAGCUGGCGCAGACAGAGUCCGGAGCGCGGGAACUGGUCGGCUUGACUGCGCAGCGGAUGCCGCAGGAGAGCAGGACACGAGUGACGCAGGACACAAUGCGUGGCGCAGGACACGAAGAGUGGCGCAGGACACGGGGCUUGAGCUCUGACGCAGCUACAGAUGUCGCAGCCGAGCGGAGACCCAUAGGUGAAGGAGCUGUCCUGCCAGGAAGCCACGCUGUCUUCGUGUCCGGACGGCGUGGGACCAGCGGCUGCAGACCUCCUGGGGCGUGGGCUUGUAGCUGGUGCUGUGCGGGACAGAGUCUGGGGCCCUGGCUGGGGUCCACGGAAGGGAUGUCAUGGCAUCUUUGGGGGUUUACGCGGCAGCUUCAGCCGCUGGGAGCCCUUCCGGAGCUCUGGGACCCAAGAGGAAGGGGGUGGGGGAAUUUCUCAUUGACAAGACUCCGUGCUGGGAAACAACGCGACUUUUAGUGGUUUGUCAUCAUCUCAGACCCGAAAGGCCUAAUGCCAAAACCCACCUUGGCAUUAUUCACCUACCUGCCAUCUCUGUUCACUCGUGAAUGUUAAAUGUCAAAACAUAGCGCUCUAUUACUGCAUUUACUUGGAAAUGGCUGUAAUUAUGGUACCGCUGAUGGAAUAAAUCUUUUCCCUCGUCA